GCCGAGCCCUAUAGAGCUGGCUGCUCCCUUCCCCGCGUUGGCUCUCGGGUUGUGGUCGGCAGGAAGUGCGUCAGCAGCUGCCGGCGGGCAAGGAAGGUGCUUCCGGAGGCGGGAGGUCAUAGCGUGGAGCAGCGCACCGCUGCGCCUUGCCGUGGCAGUAGUAGAAGAGGCGUGGAGGAGGCGGCGGGGCGCCAGCGGGCUCAGUCUGUGCGCGCUGCCGGGGACGGCACCGGCCAGCUCCGCCAUGUCCUACUGCAGGCAAGAAGGAAAAGACAGAAUUAUAUUUGCGACCAAGGAGGACCAUGAGACACCAAGUAGUGCUGAACUGAUUGCAGAUGACCCAGAUGAUCCUUAUGAAGAACAAGGAUUGAUAUUGCCCAAUGGAGAUAUCAAUUGGAAUUGCCCAUGUCUGGGUGGAAUGGCUAGUGGUCCCUGUGGGGAACAGUUCAAGUCAGCCUUUUCUUGUUUCCACUAUAGCACAGAAGAAAUAAAGGGAUCGGACUGUGUGGACCAAUUCCGUGCCAUGCAGGAAUGCAUGCAAAAAUAUCCAGAUCUUUACCCUCAAGAGGAUGAAAAUGAAGAAAAAGAUAAGUCGAGCAAAGAUUUGGAAGCUGCUCCUAUGGAGGCUUCUUCUGCCAAAGAGGAGAAGGCGUCUAGCUAAUGAAGAUGGAAGGAGGCUUUUGUCUCCAUUUCUCAUUUUCAGAGACAUGGACUUUUGCAGUGUUUCUGUCUUCUGAGUCAUCAAAUAUUUCACCACUGUUCUGUACACUGUAUCAUAGUAAAUAAUUUAUUGCUGAAGGUGAAAUCUCAGUGCUACAGCCUUCCAAAUAAACACUGAAUGACUAUGUAUGUACUGCAUAACCUGCUCUCAGACACAACUAAUACUUCAACAGCUCUUUUUAUACCUUCAAAUUCUCCUUGAGUUUUGACUUGAAUAAUGUCUUGAAAUAUUUAGCUUUCAACUAAAAAUCCACUAGCACACCAUAUCUGUCUUCAUUUCAGUAUGUUCUGAUUAAUGUUUUUAAUGUAUUCUGUUCUAUUAAUAGAAAUUGCAUUAAGUGAUUUUUUUGCCAGAGCCAUAAAGGACAUUGAAAAUGGCCUAAAUUUGUAAAAUUAUUUCAAAUUAUGUUGUUAGAUCAUUUUUUAUUAGGUUUACCACUGGCAUUAGGUAAGGACUGACAGAAAAAUGUUGAAAUGGAUAUCUUCUUUGAUUUAACUUACUUAUUGUGAUGGCUUUUGCUUUCUAAAAAAUGUGUUGCACAACCAUUGAUAAAGAUAAAUGGAAAGAAUGUUGGGCACUGCCUUUGCUUUUGUUCUGCAACCACAAUUUUUGAGUUCCUUUAGCUAGUGUCUGCUUCUUCAGUGUAUAGACAGGCUCUUGUAAAAUACUUUCAGAACACAAUGAAAAUGUUACCUGGUGUAAUGACAAUAAAACAGAUACUGUGACUUAAGUGCAUAUUAAAAAGCAAAUACUUUUUACCUCCA